AUAGUAGUGGUGUGGUGCGCGAGCCGCGGGUCCCGUCGCGCGCUUAAACAGAGAGAAGACACGGACGGAGCAAACGGAGAGAAACAAGAGGAGAGAAACAAGAGGAGAGAAACAAGAGGAGAGAAACAGGAGCAAAGGAGGAACAACUCUGCUUUCUUCAAACGGGCUUUUUCGUGAAGCUCUCCUUUCUGCCGGUGGCGAUCCCCCUACUGUUAAGGCUGUGGUAUGAGCCUAUGUGGCAGGAAGGUGCUGACGUUGCUGAGCAGCGUGUUCGCUGUCUGCGGCCUGGGCCUGCUGGGGAUCGCCGUAAGCACCGACUACUGGCUCUACCUGGAGGAAGGCGUCAUCCUUCCCCUCAACCAGAGCACGGAGAUCCGCAUGUCCCUGCACUCGGGACUCUGGAGGGUGUGCUUCUUGGCUGGUGAGGAGAAAGGCCGAUGUUUCACCAUAGAGUAUGUGAUGCCCACCACCGUCCAGAUAAGCUCUGAGUCCACUAUUAGUGUUCUGAAGAUGAUCCGCUCUGCCACACCCUUCCCUCUGGUCAGCCUCUUCUUCAUGUUCAUCGGUUUUGUACUCAGUAACAUCGGCCACAUCCGACCCCAUCACACCAUCCUGGCUUUUGUUUCUGGAAUCUUCUUCAUCCUGUCAGGUCUCUCUCUGGUUGUGGGUCUGGUGUUGUACAUCUCAAACAUUAAUGAUGAAAUGUUGAACCGAACCAAAACCAAUGAGGCGUACUUCAGCUACAAGUACGGCUGGUCUUUUGCUUUUGCUGCCAUCUCCUUCCUGCUUACUGAGGCGGCAGGUGUCAUGUCGGUGUACCUCUUCAUGAAGCGUUACACAGCGGAGGAAAUGUACCGGCCUCACCAGAACUUCUACCGGCCUCGACUCAGCAACUGCUCAGAUUACUCCGGCCAGUUCCUCCAUCCGGAUGCAUGGGCAGGGCGUGGUCGCAGUCCCUCUUCCAUCUCCUCAGAGGCCUCACUGCAGAUGAAUCCUUCACACUACCCAGCUCUCCUCAAGUGUCCAGAGUACGAGCAGAUGUCGUCGUCUCCGUGCUGAGGCAGAAGAGACUGGGUGUUAGCAUCGUUUGGGGUCAUUUUGAACUACAGCUUGAAUUACUCUCAUUCGCAAGUGUCCUGACUAAGACCUGAUUCUUUCAAUCCUCCCGACUGCCGAUUCUUUUAUUCACACCUUUUGGUUUUGUGGGGAGCGAAACUUCAGGUGAAGGUUAAACCUGUUCACUUUAUUGUCAGCUCUUGUUUCAGAGAGAACUAACAGAAGAUGAGAGAGGAUAGGGUUUGACCACGUUGAACUUUGUCUCCUGUUUCUCUAACUUUAAAUGAGGGUUAAAAAGCAACAGUCUGAACUGACCAUCAGAAAGGAGGAACUUGAGUAGCGGUGAAAAAGUCCACUAUUUGCCUGUAGAGCCAACACAGUGCUGAUAGCAUUUUAAUAGAGUCUCACACUGCAAAGUUGCAGGAUGUGUUCAUGCAGUGGAUGCAGGGAUUACAGGUUUUCAAAGCCAAACUCAACAGCAUGAGUCUUUAGCAACAAAGAAAGAAACUAAUCAGUAAAAUCAUCUGUAUUGAGGUUGGGAGGGAACUUGGCUUGAAAAAUGAAUAUUAUGGGUUGUUAAACAUUCCCUCAAUUUGCUCAUGAGAACAUUGCUCAAAAUUGUGCAAACUUUAAAAAGUUAGCAGGGUUAAAAUAAGUAUGUUGUUCACAUUACAAAGCGUAUAUUAGCACCUAAUGUCAUUGUGCUCAAGUUUCACUUACCUCUUUAGUUAGCACUUCUGAGUUGUAAUAUGCUGCACUUACUGCAUAAAAAAGGCUUUUUGUGUGUGUUAUACUGUAGGUGCUUGUUUACCGUUUCUGACAUGUUAUGUCAUCAAUUCCCAAAACUCAGUCUGAACUUGUUUCCGAUAAUCUGCAUUAACAUUGACAGAUACUUUAAGGUCACAUAUUAUACAAAAUACACUUCUCCAUGUUUCUCUAACACUAAUAUGUGUCUCUAGUCUGUCUA